ACACUUCUCAGAAGUCUUUUACAUAUCUUGUUCUCUAAAGACUUACUUACAUAUCUCAAAAUUCUCAAAUCUUUUACUAAAGCUUUUUUCUUCCAUAAACUAAAUAACGUCCAAGGAAAUGGAAAUUAAGCUACUUGCACUAGUACUAAUUACACUAAGUGUAGCAUCAUGGGAUGCUGCACAGGGAAGAUCUCUUAGAUCUCCUACGGCACCUCUAAAUCGUUAUAGCUUUCCUCCUGAUUUUGAUUUUGGCGUUGCUUCUUCCGCUUAUCAGUAUGAAGGUGCAGUAGAAGAAGGAGGAAGGGCCCCGAGCAUAUGGGAUCGUUUUACACAUGAAUUCCCAGAAAGGACAAGCAUGGACAACGGAGAUGUUGCUGUAGACUUUUACCAUCGUUACAAGGAAGACAUCAAAUUAAUGAAGGAAAUGAAUUUGGAUACUUUCAGAUUUUCACUAUCCUGGUCAAGAAUAUUACCAAGUGGAAAACUAAGUGAUGGAGUAAAUAAAGAAGGGGUUCAAUUUUACAAGAAUCUUAUUGAUGAACUUAUCAAGAAUGGUAUAAAACCAUUUAUAACAAUCUAUCACUGGGAUAUACCUCAAGCUCUUGAUGAUGAGUACGGUAGCUUUUUGAGUCCUCGAAUCAUAGAUGAUUUUAGAAACUAUGCCAGAUUCUGUUUCCAAGAAUUUGGUGACAAGGUCAAUCUAUGGACAACGUUCAAUGAGCCAUAUGUUUAUAGCGUUGCGGGUUAUGAUAGGGGCAAUAAAGCAAUCGGUAGAUGUUCAAAAUGGGUAAACAGUUUGUGUGUAGCUGGUGAUUCGGGCACAGAGCCUUAUAUAGUAUCUCACCACCUUCUUCUUGCUCACGCUACUGCUGCUGAAGAGUUCAGGAAAUGUGACAAGAUUUCAAAAGAUGCCAAGAUAGGCAUAGUGUUGUCUCCUUAUUGGUUCGAGCCAUAUGACAGUGAUUCUAAUGCUGAUAAAGAAGCAGUUGAACGAGCUCUUGUUUUUAAUGUUGGUUGGCAUCUUAACCCUUUAGUCUUUGGAGAUUAUCCCGAAACGAUGAAGACAAACGCUGGAAAUAGAUUACCUUCUUUCACCAAAGAAGAAUCUAUGAUAGUAAAAAAUUCAUUUGAUUUUAUCGGAAUAAAUUACUACACAACACGUUUCAUCGCUCAUGAUCUUCACGCGGAU